GGCCGCGGCGGCGGGAGAGCGCGGAGGCAGCGCCCGCCCGCGCCGUCCUUUGUGUGGCAGUGGUAGCGGUGGCGGCGGCGGCGCCUGGGCCUGCGCUGGCCUCGCCUGCCCCGGGUGGGGCGCCCGGCUCCGCGCCGCCCCUCCUCGUCCCCGCCCGGCGCGCGCCGAGCACUCCGAGCAAGAUGGCAACCCCGGCGGCGGUCAACCCUCCGGAAAUGGCUUCGGACAUCCCUGGAUCGGUGACAUUGCCUGUCGCCCCCAUGGCGGCCACUGGACAGGUGAGGAUGGCCGGGGCCAUGCCCGCCCGCGGAGGAAAGCGGCGUUCUGGAAUGGACUUUGAUGAUGAAGAUGGAGAAGGUCCCAGCAAAUUUUCAAGAGAGAACCACAGUGAGAUUGAAAGGAGGCGGCGGAACAAGAUGACCCAGUACAUCACCGAGCUCUCUGACAUGGUCCCCACGUGCAGCGCGCUGGCCCGGAAGCCAGACAAGCUCACCAUCCUGCGCAUGGCCGUCUCGCACAUGAAGUCCAUGCGGGGCACCGGGAACAAGUCCACAGACGGCGCCUACAAGCCUUCGUUCCUGACGGAGCAGGAACUGAAGCAUCUCAUCCUUGAAGCGGCUGAUGGAUUUCUGUUUGUAGUGGCGGCUGAGACGGGGAGAGUGAUUUAUGUGUCUGACUCCGUUACCCCUGUGCUGAACCAGCCCCAGUCAGAGUGGUUUGGGAGCACCCUCUAUGAACAGGUGCAUCCUGACGAUGUGGAGAAGCUGAGAGAGCAGCUGUGCACCUCAGAAAACUCAAUGACAGGCCGGAUCUUGGACCUGAAGACUGGGACGGUCAAGAAGGAAGGGCAGCAGUCAUCCAUGAGGAUGUGCAUGGGCUCCCGGAGGUCCUUCAUCUGCAGGAUGAGGUGUGGAAAUGCUCCUUUGGACCACCUUCCUCUAAACAGAAUAACCACCAUGAGGAAAAGGUUCAGGAAUGGCCUUGGCCCUGUGAAAGAAGGAGAAGCCCAGUAUGCUGUGGUCCACUGCACAGGCUACAUCAAGGCUUGGCCUCCAGCAGGAAUGACCAUACCCGAAGAAGAUGCCGACGUGGGACAAAGCAGUAAAUAUUGCCUUGUGGCAAUUGGAAGACUCCAGGUGACCAGCUCUCCUGUGUGCAUGGACAUGAGCGGGAUGUCGGUGCCAACGGAAUUCUUAUCCCGGCAUAACUCUGACGGGAUCAUCACAUUUGUGGACCCAAGAUGCAUCAGUGUGAUUGGCUACCAACCCCAGGAUCUUCUAGGAAAGGACAUUUUGGAAUUCUGCCACUCUGAGGACCAGAGCCAUCUGCGGGAGAGCUUUCAGCAGGUGGUGAAGCUGAAAGGCCAAGUGCUGUCGGUCAUGUAUCGAUUCCGCACCAAGAACCGGGAGUGGGUGUUAAUCCGCACCAGCAGCUUCACCUUCCAGAACCCCUAUUCUGAUGAGAUCGAGUACAUCAUCUGCACCAACACCAAUGUCAAGCAGCUUCAGCAGCAGCAGGCGGAAUUGGAGGUGCACCAGAGAGACGGGUUGUCAUCCUACGACUUACCGCAGGUUCCUGUCUCCAACCUACCAGCCGGGGUUCACGAGGCCGGGAAGUCUGUGGAAAAGGCAGACUCAAUCUUUUCCCAGGAAAGAGAUCCGCGGUUUGCCGAGAUGUUUGCAGGAAUCAGUGCAUCGGAGAAGAAGAUGAUGAGCUCGACUUCUGCAGCAGGAACUCAGCAGAUCUACUCCCAAGGCAGCCCGUUUCCCCCGGGACACUCGGGAAAGGCCUUCAGUUCUUCGGUGGUGCACGUGCCUGGUGUGAACGACAUCCAGUCCUCUUCCUCGACGAGCCAGAACAUGUCCCAGAUCUCCCGGCAGCUAAACCAGAGCCAGGUGGCGUGGGCGGGUAGUCGGCCGCCCUUUCCCGGACAGCCGAUCCCCUCCCAGUCCAGCAAGACUCAGUCUUCUCCCUUUGGGAUUGGAACGAGCCACACCUACCCGGCCGACCCCUCCUCCUACAGUCCUCUCUCCAGUCCAGCCACCUCCUCGCCCAGCGGGAACGCCUACUCCAGUCUUGCCAACAGGACUCCAGGGUUCGCUGAAAGUGGACAAGGUAGCGGGCAGUUCCAAGGGCGGCCCUCGGAAGUCUGGUCGCAGUGGCAAAGCCAGCACCACGGACAGCAGAGCGGUGAGCAGCCGUCCCACCAGCCGCCGGGUCAGACUGAAGUGUUCCAGGUCGAGCAGCAUCUUCAGAGACAAAGGUCUAGAACCCAGAUGUCACUCCAGGUCCGCAAAGGGGCAGGAUCCUUUUACAUAUGCAGAGAGGACAUGCUGCCCAUGCCAGGAGAUCCAACCCAGGGGACCGGCAACUAUAACAUUGAAGACUUUGCUGACCUGGGCAUGUUCCCGCCGUUUUCUGAGUAGCUGCGGACAGAGCAAGGCUUCCACCGGGCAGUGCCCCCCAUGCUGUGACAUCUACGCCCACGUGAACGGGGCCCCCCCCGCGCCCUGCUUGCCCUGCCGCGGGACCCCCCAGCAGAAGACAUCUCGCCCCCCGUGUUCCCCUCACUGCCGUGGUGUUGCUCAGCUUCUAACCCACAGCUGCAGCUGCUCGGCCACCGACCAGGAGCCCAGUAGACGUUGGGGGCUGGUAGUAUUUACUGUACUUCACCUGUCUGUGCUUGGGAGGCGAGCCCAUUGGGUUCUUAAAACCUGGUUGUGAAUAAUCUCA